GUCAGCUCCUCAUUCAGAAGAUCAGGCAACUUCCGUGACAACUCAUCUUCAAAAUAUCUUAACAUACUCUCUAUUUACACUAAACUAGGUAUCCUGAAAGAUGAAUGUAGUAGGGAUACUCUAUAUCCAGAAAGUUAAUGAAGACGCUUUUGUUUUUAACUGGUGGCCACCAAUUGUGGUGACUCCAUCGUCAAGCGAGCUUAAAACAGAAAAUAGCUGACUUGGAUGCAGUAGACCUUGAUAGCCUCUGAAAUUCUCUACAUUACGAAGAUUUAUGUGAAUCUGUGGACAGCCUGCUAUCUAUUCUAAAUAAGUAUUGGAAAUUAACUUGUUAAAAUGGAAUGAAAUUAAGUGUUUAAAGACUGCACCUGUCAAGAAUUUGGUGAUAACCCUCUUCCUUCAGACGUCAACUAGGAUAUGUCUGCAACGCAGUUGGAAGCCUUUGAGCAAACCCGAACAUUUGUAUUCCAAACCAAGGCACUUUGUAUAGAGUACAUCUAUUCACGACUCGCUCGAGAGGGGUUGAUCUUUCCAGUUGUGGAAUAUGAACAUCUAAAGUCAAGUGGAACACCUGAAGAUGUUUUCGCAGUGCUCCUGAAAUUAGGUGAUGAAUUGGAAAGCAUGGGUCCAUUUAUUUAUCGUGAUGUGGCAAAGCAGCUGAACAUUUUGGUUGAUGUGGAAAGCAUGGUGUCAGAUGCAUUUUUUACUGUUGCAAUGGAGAUAUCGUCCUCUGGAAUGACUUGGGGGAAAGUAGUGGCUGUUUAUGCAUUGGCAGGUGCUUUGGCUGUGGACUGUGUGCGGCAAGGCCACACAGAUAUGAUUUACACUAUAGUGGAUAGCAUGGGAGUGUUUGCUUACAAGGGCCUUGCCCCGUGGUUGAUCCAGCAAGGUGGAUGGGUGGAAAUUACUAAUUGUAUAGUAAAACCUUCCCCAGACCUCCAGUCUUAUUGGUUGAACAAUAUUAUAAUUUUCUGGAGAAACCUUUGGCAGAUAUUCUUCAUUAAACUGACGAAGACAUGGUGAGAAUGAACUGAACUGGAAUCUCAACUUCAGAAAAUUCAUCCCUGACAAUUUCCACUGAACAUUAAUUAUGACCGCCACUAGCGGUCAUAUAGGGAUUGUCCAAAGGUUUUUUUUUUGCCGUCAUCAACUUCCUGAAUUUUUGGUCAACGAUUUCCAGGACACCGAAACACCAGGGCACAUGAAACUUGGAGGGCAUGUAGCCCCACUAGACUUUUACGUAAAAGAACCUGCAUCAACCUUGCCCCCCCUGGCAAAACAGCUCAACUACUUCAUACGUAAUGUUGGGUUUCUGUAAGAAGAAUAUUUUGUAUUCCGGUUGUAGGGAAGCUAACUUUGACAUAAUUAUGCCUGCGUCUUUCUGUCGCACCAUAGGGACAUAACCGUAUUGUUUCGAUAAGAAGCUCAGUCCAGCCAGCACGAAAACUCAGGAGCAAAAUCAAUGGAAAAGCUAUGUAGCCUACGGUAGCCUUCAAGUCCAUUGUAUGUUAAGGUAAAGCAUUACAUAGAGGCAAGUAAACCUAAUAAAAAAAAGUAAACCUAAUAAAAAAAAACAGCACUAACUUUAAUA